CGGCUGUCGGGCUGGCAGGGGGGCUGGCUCCUGCUCUAACUGCUCGGGAGAUUCUCCUCUCCGGGGCAAUCUGGCGAUGAGUGCUGUUAGGGAGUGUGCUGAAGGGGCAACUUGAAAACUUCGCUGCGCCCGUGCAGCACAUUUGAGCCAGCGGACGCUACAUCGGAGGAGCGGCCAGCCCAAAACGGUGCUCGACUGAGCGGGAACGUCGCGGGGUUUCUCUCAACAGCGCUGAUUUCCGGCCAACAUGGAUGAUUUAGAUGCUUUGUUGGCAGACCUUGAAUCCACGACAUCCCACAUUUCCAAAUGUCCACUUUUCCUGUCUGAUGAGGCGGCCUACUCCCUCCCUGUUGGAGGUCAGGCGCCGCAAGAGGUCUGCUUUUCACCCCAAGGACUACCCAUUCCCUCUGAGAAAACACUCAAUGGAGUUCAGGAAGCAGACGCAAAUGCUCUCUCAAGAGAAAACAGCAGUCCACCUCAACACCCUGGAGAAGAGGACCACGUGUACAGUUUUCCGAAUAAGCAGAAGAGCAGUGAAUCUUCACCUGCCAUUAACCAGUCAUUUGGCAACAACCUGUCAGAGCUGGAUCGCCUGCUACUGGAACUCAACUCCGUCCAGCAAAGCACCCCCGCCUUCCCUAUUGAAGAAGAGGCCGCCCCGCCUCUGCCUGCUGGCGUCGUGGUCCAAAGUAUUCAGGAGAACGGAGUGUCCCUUCCAUCCCAGGACUCGCCACCGCUGUUGGAAAAGCCCACACGCAGUGCUGCGGUUCGAGGAAUAGAAGAUGUACGGCCAAGCGUGGAGAGCCUUCUGGAUGAGCUGGAGAGCUCCGUGCCCUCAACUAGUCCAACUCCCUUGUUGGUAUCGGAUGGGCAGAUUGAUGGACAGGAAACACAAGGACAGCAACAAGCGAGAAUGUCUGCCUCCUCUGCCACACGAGAGCUCGACGAGCUGAUGGCCUCCUUGUCGGACUUCAAAGUCCAAAGCAAUAUCCAGUCCCAGGGAAAGACUUCUCCCACCGGACCACCAAAGCCCGCCAAUAAACUGGACAACAUGCUGGGUAGCCUGCAAUCCGACCUGAACAGACUGGGAGUCCAGACUGUGGCUAAAGGUGUCUGUGGUGCCUGCAAGAAGCCCAUCGUUGGACAGGUGGUGACUGCCAUGGGAAGAACGUGGCACCCCGAGCACUUUGUGUGCACCCACUGCCAGGACGAGAUCGGCUCCAGGAACUUCUUUGAGCGCGAGGGGCAACCUUACUGCGAGAAAGACUAUCACAGUCUCUUCUCGCCGCGAUGCCACUACUGUAACGGGCCCAUACUGGAUAAAGUGGUGACUGCUUUGGACAAGACUUGGCAUCCCGAGCACUUCUUCUGUGCCCAGUGUGGAGCCUUCUUUGGGCCAGAAGGGUUUCACGAGAAGGAUGGCAAGGCCUUCUGCAGGAAGGACUACUUUGACAUGUUUGCUCCUAAGUGCGGAGGCUGUGCCCGAGCCAUUCUGGACAACUACAUCUCCGCACUCAACUCGCUGUGGCACCCCGAAUGCUUCGUCUGCAGGGAGUGCUUCACGCCGUUCAUAAACGGCAGCUUCUUUGACCACGAGGGUCAGCCGUACUGCGAGGCGCACUACCACGAGCGCCGCGGCUCGCUGUGCUCGGGCUGCCAGAAGGCCAUCACGGGCCGCUGCAUCACAGCGAUGGGCAAGAAGUUUCACCCGGAACAUUUUGUGUGCGCUUUCUGCCUCAAGCAGCUCAACAAGGGCACCUUCAAGGAGCAGAAUGACAAGCCCUACUGCCACGGUUGCUUUAUCAAACUCUUCAGCUAGACUGUGCACCUUUCCUCGCUCUUCUACAUGCACACAAUUGUUUUUCUACCACAUGCAUGAGUCUGAGACACGGUGGGUCACAUGAUUACAAUUUCCUGUUUGCGACUUCUGACACCGAAAGGAUAUUCUUGCCUGUCCAAACUCAGGAAUUUGGCUAAGGUUGUUUGAUGAGCCAGCCCAAAGAGAUUUUUUUUUUAAAAGUCAUAAUCGUGUCACGCAACAAAAGAACACAUGGUCCCGCUCGUGUGUUGUGUAAGUUUAAUACGCAUCAAAGGGUGAAUGUCCCCGUAUAAACGGUUAGAUUCUCCCAAGUACAGAACUAGACUUUAAGCCACAUGGUUCGCCUGUGUUCAAAUAGUCUUUUGGAAGUUUGAGUCAGCCGCUUAACUGAAUGGAGUGCGCAGAGCUGUUAGAGCAUUUGUGUGGCCAAUUGGUGUGAAUGAUAUCAACAAACCUCCAAGCAGUUAUUGUCUUUGCACUCUCCAAACACAGAUCUCUUGAUGGGACUGUCCCAGUUGUCACAUAGUGAAUUUUACUAUUUAGUGUGUUUUUUCAAAUACUUUUUCUACUCUAAUAACACAAAGAAAAGAGAUCCUAUGUUUACUGGCUUGAGGUGCUUAGGUACCUUUUUACAACUUAAGGUGGAAUCUAUGUUAGUUGGUAACCUACUGGUGACUCUUGUACAUGAGUUAUUUUAUACCACCGGGAGUAACCUUAUCGCCCCUUUUUUUUUUCUUUCUAUCGUGCCAUUCACUUCGAUAUAGGGCACGCUUUAUGAUGUUUGACUAUUGAUGCAAUUAAAAAAAAAAAGGAAAUGCAGAUAUUUUACACCUGUAUUCAUGCACAAUUUCUAGAAUUGCAACAAAUUCUUAUCAGGACAAAGAAUGCAUCUCUUCAGAUUUUUACAAUUGUGAAUUGAUCACUAUUGAAUACAAAAAAAAAUGGUUCAUGCGAGUGCAUGCCACUGUCAUUUACAUAAUUUUAUAAGCACUAACAACCAGCGGACAUCACAAAGUGAAUCAACAGUAAAUUGAUAUCUCGAUCCUUUGACAGAACUGUGUUUUGUCGCUGUUUUGAUGAAAAUAUAUAUUUGUAACUCACAUAGCUGCGGAGAGAGCUGGCUCUACUGGCAUGCAGGCUGAUGGUAGUCCAGCCUGUUCUCUGCCAUGCACACACAAACACACUUGCUAGCUUGUUGUUCAAAGAAAACCUAGUGCUCUGUUUUUUUCCUCUCAACCAACAAAACUCUAUGUGGUUGCUACAAGUGCCAAACGGUAGCAGGUUUUUGUGGGCUACUCGCUUUAUUUUUAUUUCCUCCCACGUGCUUACUUUUCAUCACAGACUGUGCAAGGUGUUCAAUGUACAUUUUGUAGUUGUAAAUCGGAGGAAGCAACGUGCCAAAUUUGUCAAUGCAAUAAGGUCGAAUACACUGUGUGGGUCUUUCCUGUGAUGUGAGCCUUUCUGGUGUGAAUUCAGGGAGACUUUUGUCUGCUGUGCUGCAUCUACUUUCUAAAUGCGCAAAAGUACACUUUAGCAGAAGAGGAUGGCGUAGGAAAGCCCCUUGGUGAACAUUUUAACUGGCAAUGACUGUACACAUCCUGCUGAUUUAAACGUCCACAGCUUUUCGCUUGUUGCACCUUGUUAGACUAUUUGCCUACAAAUAUUAACAGGAAUUGAUUUUACAGUUACCUCCUAGUUUCUGCCUGUCGAGGAAAACGAGCUUUCUACUUUUAAAUGAGAUUAAGCGAAAUAUAAGAACAUUUUGUGAUGCUUACGAAUUUUAUUUUCAAAGGAGCUUUGGCUUGCUUGGGUGCUAUGUACGUUUAUGUGGGGCCUGAUUACAAAUUGAUGAAUCCAACUAAUGCAAAUAAAAUGAGCUCUAUUUCUGGCA